AUGGUGGUGGCCGCCGCACGCACAAAGCGCAGGGCGCGGGCACCGCCGGGGGCGGGCGGCACCGCGGCUCCCGCCGGAUCGCAAGCAGCACCGGCACCGGCGCCGGGAGGUGACACGGGCGGCGGGCGGCUCGCAGCAGCUCAGCGCGGCGCAGCUCGGCUCGGCUCGGCACCGCCCCCGCCCCGCGGGCGCUGCCCUCCCCCGGGAGCCACCGCCCGCCGGGGCCGCCCCCCACACGCGGCCGAGCGUCCCCCGCGCCGCCGCCCGGCCCCUCCCGGGAUGGGGGUGCCCCCGCCCCCGGUACCUCGCGGGCGGGGCCGGGCCCUACGACAGCGGGGCGGGAGCUUGCGCGGGUUGACGGGCGGAGGGGGCCGGGGCCGCGGAGGGGCGGUCAUGCUGGGGCUGCCCCGGGGCCGUGCCGCGCUCUCCCGGCUCAUUGUUCGAGAAGGGCAGCGGCGGCCGGGGCGGCCCCGGCGGGAGGGGCGGGCGCUGCGGCGGGAGGGGGUCAGCCGGGCGGCGGGGGAAAGCCGCACCUUCCUCCGCACGGGCAGGGGUUUGGCGGCAGAGCUGCAUCUUCCCCCUGUGGGGGAGUGUGUGGGGCCGGCGGCGGCGGGGCAUCUUCCCCCGCGCCGGCCGGAGGCGGGUGGGGUGCGCGUAGAUGGGGCGCUGGCGUUGCGCCUUCCCCCGCUAUGGUGUGGCGGGGCCGGGGGACCGCGCUGCACCUUCAGGGCCCUGUGCUGGAGAAGUUCAAAGCGGCACGGGAGGGCGGGAGGUGCGUGGGCUGGGGCCGGGCCGGCAUCCUCCUCGCCUUGUCCCCGUGUCCCUGGCCUGCCGAGCGCGGGGAGCGCCGCGGGGCUUCGGCAUCGGGACCCCGGCAGGUCUGGCCGGGGGUGCGAGGGUUCUUUGUGGCCGUUCCGGAAAGUUGAAGACAUGGUCCUUUAUUCAGCCCUUCCUCGUGAGCCGGGGCGGUGGGACUCCCGCAGCUAUACAGUGUGGAAGCGCCGCAGCCGGCUUUGGCUUUUUAAGAUUAGGCUCCGUUAA